AUGAAUACUAGCUUUGUUAACUGGGAGUAUUACAGUAGCAAGGCUUUGGAAGGUAGGAUCCUUUUAAUCUGGAAAGGUUACUGGGUUAAGGUUGAUAUUCUGGUUGACCAUGUUCAGUUUAUUCAUUGCACGGUUCUGAUAUGGGCUAUAGGUCUCUCUUUCUGCUUCACUGUUGUUUACAGUUUAAAUCAGCUAGAUUUGAGGAAAGAUCUUUGGUCUGAGUUGGCCUCAGUCUCUCUUCCUGUCAAACCGUGGCUAGUACUUGGUGACUUUAACUCUGUUUUUGAUGUAGAAGAUCGAAUUGGGGGUAAGGCCAUUUCUCCUAAAGAAGUUGAGGAUGCAAGGAAUUGGCUUGAUCUUGGGAUUGUGGAAGAAAUGAAAUUGUUGGGCUCGUAUUACACUUGGUCGAAUAACCAAGAUGGUAAUAAUCGCAUCUUUUCCAAAAUAGACAGAGUAUUUGUAAAUGAGGAUUGGAUUGAUAUGUUUCCAAAUGUCAAUGCAAUAGCUAGUUGGGAGCCUACUGUUUUAGAUAGCUGGAAAAAAGAGUUACCAUCAGAGGGUUAUGGUCUGCAUCAGAUAUUGAGGAAAUUGCAUCGCCUUCAGUUCUUAUUGAAGAGAUUCAAUUGGAGAGUUGUUGGUAAUAUAGUUAAGGAGUAUGAGGAAAGCAAGGUGUCAUUUCAGCAAGCUAAAAACAACUUAUUUUCUGAUCUGAAAAACCAAAUUCUGAGCAAUAUAGAGAGAGUAUCUCACCUGGAUUUUAAAAAGAAAGAGGCUGCCUAUGCUAGUUUCUUAUAUCAGCAGAGUAAGGUUGAUUGGAUGAGGUUUGGAGAUGAGAAUUCUUCACUGUUCUACUCCAGCAUGAAGAAAAGGAAGAGGCUCAAUAGGAUUGUUUCUUUUGUAGAUGAACAAGGUAGUGUUGAAGUGGAUUAUCCGAAAGUUGUUAAUCACUUUACUCAGCAUUUUCAAUCAUUUUUAGGAGAAACUAGUGCAACAUCUGGGCUGGUUGAUACCUCUAUAGUUCUCUCAGGUCCCAUCCUUAGUAUUGAAGAUCAAGCUUUCCUAAUCAAACCUUUUACUUUCAAGGAUGUUCAAACAGCUAUGUUCAGCAUAAAGACAAUAAAGAGCCCGGGACCGGAUGGAUUUGGGGCUGGUUUUUAUAAGAGUUUAUGGUCUAAUAUAGGGAAAGAAGUGGCUUCAGCAGUGUUGGAUUUUUUUGAUCUAGGCCACAUUCCGAAGAGGCUGAACAAAACUAUUUUAGCCCUUAUUCCCAAAGUUACUCAACCCUCCAAUGCCUAA